UGUAAUGUACGUGUUCGGGGGGUUCAACAGUCUCCUGCUGAGUGACAUUCUGAUGUAUACGCCAGCCAGCUGCUCCAGCGCUCCCAACGCUGCCGUCUGUGCAGCRACCUGGCUGGGGGUUCACUGCCUCUGGAAUGCUACCCUAGAGACCUGCCUGCCUUGGGACGCGAACCCCGGAUUCCUGGAUGAGCAGACCGCCUCCUGUGGAACCAGAACAUAUGCUGACAACGAUCGUUGUGACCACUACACGGAYUGYUACAGCUGUACAGCCAAUACUAACGGCUGUCAGUGGUGUGCUGUUCAGUGUGUCUCCGUGAGCUCCAACUGCACGGCCGUCACGGGGGCCAUAGUGGAGUAUGRUGUCUGYCCCAAAGACAACCCAUCAUAUAUCUGCAACAAGAAGACCAGCUGUAAGAGCUGUGGGGUGGACCAGAACUGCCAGUGGGAACCUCGAAACCAGGAGUGUAUCGCUCUACCAGGUGAGAACCCCGGGGGAGAAGGGCCUUG